UUCUCUCAUCCGUACACUUCUUUCACUUUGUCUCUAUAAAACUAAACAAACUCUCUUUCUUUUCUCUCAUCCAUCGAUCCAUCCCCUAAUUUCUUUCUGAUCAUCAUCAUCAAUCUCCUUUGCUUCUAAUUUCUAUUAUAUCAAUCAAGCAAGCUUCACAUUGAGUGAAAGAAAAAAGGUAGCAAUCAUAUAAUAUCAUAUCAUAUACUAUACAAUACAAUACAUUACCUAGCAAUAUAAAAUGAUGUACGAACAGCAGCAACGGUUACAGCAGACACCGGUGAGGAACAAAUAUAACAAUUCGAUAGAAGAGGAAGAGAGGCUUGAAAUAGUUGAUUUGAGUGGCAUGUCAUUGGAGUCUCUUCCCAAUCCUUCUCUUAAUUUAGCUACCAUUUGUAAGUUGGAUCUCUCCAACAACAAUCUUCAGAAUAUUCCGGAGUCGUUAACAGCAAGACUGCUGAACAUGGUAGUGUUGGACGUGCACUCAAACCAGCUUAGGUCUCUCCCAAACUCCAUUGGUUGCCUCUCUAGGCUCAAGCUUUUGAAUGUCUCCGGCAACCUCAUUCAUACCCUUCCCAAAACAAUUGAGAAUUGCAGAGCCUUAGAAGAUUUGAAUCUAAAUUUCAACAAGUUGAGCCAACUACCAGACACAAUAGGGUAUGAGCUAAUAAACCUAAAAAAAUUAUCAGUCAACUCUAACAAGCUGAUCUUCCUUCCACGCUCCACAUCUCACCUCACAUCUCUAAAGGUUUUAGACGCAAGACUGAACUGUCUUAGGUCUCUUCCGGAGGAUCUUGAGAAUCUCAUCAACCUUGAAAUCCUAAAUGUGAGUCAGAACUUUCAGUAUUUGACUUCUAUUCCAUACUCAGUAGGACUUCUCUUGUCCCUCACUGAACUUGAUGUUAGCUACAAUAAGAUCAGGUCCUUGCCUGAUUCCAUUGGUUGUCUUAACAAGCUUCAAAAGUUGAGUGUGGAAGGGAACCCUCUCACUUCACCACCACCAGAAGUCGUAGAGAGGGGAUUGCAUAUAGUGAAGGAGUACUUGUGCAACAAGAUGAAUGCUGGUCAUCAAAGCCCAACAAAGAAGAAGUCUUGGGUUGGAAGGUUGGUCAAGUAUGGAACAUUCAAUGUUAGAAGUGGAGCUCGUGAAGAACAUGAGGCUUUCAUCCUCCCCGAGUAUAAUCGUUCAAUCGAUGGACUUGCUUCUCCCCGUCAUAUGGGGAUGUUUUCACCUCGUCGCCUCUUCUCCCCUCGUAAUUACUUCAGCAACUGAGGAAAAUUUAUAUGUUUCCUAAUGUACUUGUUUCAUUAGCCGGGUUGCAUGCACUUUUCUUUUUCUUUUCUUUUUUUGGGAUUGGCUAGGUUGAACUUUAGCUAUUUUCUCUGCAUUGUUCCAAUUUUAUCAGAUAUCCCCUAAGGACUGAACUUUAGUUAUUUUGUUAACAAGAAAAAAAAUGUGGUUAUGGGUUUCUUUUUA